UCUCCGAUUGCUCGCUCGUCUCAUCAGUUUCCAGAUUCUUCACCAAACCUCAAUUGAACCCAAUUUCAACCCAUUUGAUUUUCCCCACGAACAAAUCCUCGCGGAUCUUCCGAGCCCAGGCGAUCAAUCCACCAAUCGAACCAUUUCCAAAUCGGUUUGUGUCUGUGUGUUUCUCCGAUUAUGGCCGGGGUGUCAUUGAAGUGCGGCGACUGCGGCACGCUUCUGAAGUCGGUGGAGGAGGCGCAGGAGCACGCCGAGCUCACCAAACACGCUAAUUUCGUCGAAUCCACCGAAGCUGUCCUUAAUUUAGUCUGCUCCACCUGCGGAAAACCUUGCCGCUCAAAAACUGAAAGUGACUUGCACACUAAGAGGACUGGACAUGCUGACUUUGCUGACAAGACAUCAGAAGCAGCAAAGCCAAUAAGUUUGGAGGCUCCAAAGGCCAAGGAUGAUGUGGAGAUGGUGGAAGCUGGUGAUGGUAGCAGUAGUCAACAAGAAGAAAUGGUGGUUCCUGAAGUCAAUCAGCAGUUGUUGGGAGAACUUGAGGAAAUGGGAUUUCCUAAAGAGAGGGCAACUCGAGCACUGCAUUUUUCUGGCAAUGUCAACCUUGAGGCUGCUGCAAAUUGGAUUGUUGAACAUGAGAAUGACCCAGACAUAGACCAAAUGCCACUGGUGCCUGUCAGUUCCAAGAAAGAUGAGACUGCAAAGAAACCCCUAACACCAGAAGAGAUUAAGCAAAGACAACAAGAACUAAGGGAACGGGCUCGCAAAAAGAAAGAAGAGGAAGAAAAACGAAUGGAAAGAGAAAGAGAGAAGGAAAGAAUUCGUGUGGGGAGGGAACUACUUGAAGCCAAGCGCAUUGAAGAGGAAAAUGAAAGAAAACGUUUACUGGCCUUGAGAAAAGCAGAGAAAGAGGAAGAGAAAAGAGCUAGGGAGAAAAUUCGUCAAAAGUUGGAGGAAGAUAAGGCAGAAAGACGGAGAAAGCUUGGAUUGCCUCCAGAAGAGCCAGCUGCUGCAAAACCUUCUGCUCCACCGGUGGAGGAGAAAAAGAGCUCCCUGCCCGUCAGGCCAGCCACCAAAGCAGAGCAAAUGAGAGAGUGCCUAAGAUCUAUUAAACAGAAUCACAAGGAUGAUGAUGGCAAAGUGAAAACUGCUUUCAACACUCUUUUAACUUUUGCAAAGAAUGUUGCAACAAAUCCAAGUGAAGAGAAAUUCCGGAAAAUUAGGCUCACAAAUGCAAAUUUUCAGGAUCGAGUUGGAAAACUGCAGGGAGGCAUCGAAUUUCUGGAGCUCUGCGGAUUUGAGAAAAUCGAAGGCGGAGAGUUCCUGUAUCUACCAAGAGAGAAAGUCGACAUUGCUGUCCUUCACUCCGCAGGAACUGAAUUAAACAACGCCAUCAAUAAUCCCUUCUUCGGAGUCCUCUGAUCCCUAAUGUUUUCGAGAACCAAACCAUCUUCUGUGUUUACAAAGGUAUGAACGAUCUUCCUCGACCUUCAUUACAUAGGAACAUGCAAUUUAUUCUGUUUUCUUCUGCCACUAUUCUCCGUAAAUUUCCAUUCUGACAGCUCUAUCACAUUACAUUUCCUUCUAAAUGAAGCUGGGAAUUACUUCUCCA